AUGCCUACUCAAACCUUCUCUGCAAAAAUUAUAGAAUCUAAAUUGUCUCUUUUUUACAGAUUGAUGUACAAACUGUCUAAGGGAAAUGACGAGCUUAUUUUUGGUGUGUACCGUGAUAAACUUGUUAUUACAAUAAAAACCAACUCCUUUAAAAUUUUGAUUACUUUUAAUCGCAAAGUAUUUGACAGUUUUCAUGUGAAUAGCCCAAGAAGUUAUACCAUAUUCUCAAGUAACAUUCGGGAUGCAUUUUCUGGAAUUUCGGCGAAUUUGAGUUCAUUGCGAAUUAUGAUUGAAGAAUCAGAUGGUCUUGCCGGAGCAGAAGAUAUUAUGAAAAUUGAAACCAAUAGAAAAACGCGAUCAUUUCGAAAUUCUUAUAAUAUAGUUUGUAAUAAAAUAUCCGAAAUUGAGGGAGAAACCAACACAGAAACUUCAUUAGAGGAAAAAGAGGAAAAUCACUGGUCAAUUAAUUCUGAGAUAUUAAAUAGAGAAUAUUGGCCUCAUAAUUGCAAGAAUGAAAAUAUUAGGUUCUUGUUUGCAGAGGAAGCUUUAAGGAUCAUAUAUUCAAUCAAUUUAUCUGAUGGUAAGUUUUCAUCUGAAUCAAGGUAUUCUAUACCAAGAUCACGAUUUGAGGAUUAUAAUGUCACUAAUCAAAUGGAUAUCAAAAUUAAUCGAAAAUCUUUUGAGAGAAUAAUGAAUCUUGUACGUUCAUUGAAAUGCAAUUUAAAUGCUUACUUUAGUGAUAUAGAUACAGAUGAUCCAUAUCAACCUCAACCGUUUUAUUUAUGCGGCGAAUUUGAGAAAUACAUCAAAAUUGAAGGAGAAAUUUUUGGAGAUCAUUUAAACCGUGGGAACGAUCCGGAAAGGCCACCCGAAUGGGAGAUUGAAGCUCUAUUGAAUAAUACGAAUCAAGUAAAUCAAAAUUUAAAUAAUGGUAACGGAAUAGAAUAUCAAGUGGCAGGGAUAUUUCGCGAGGAUAACACAGAAUUUUCAAAUUCUAAUACACGUGUUAAUGAGAGUAACAUGUCAAGAGAAUCUAACUCAAGAGAAAAUCACACAUUGGACGAUAAUGUUAGUGACAACUACCAUUCGAAUUAUAGUAGAACAAAUACCAGCAUUAAUAGUACCACAAUUCCUAGUAUGUCUACUUCGCGAAAUGAUAGUAGAAGCAAUUACACGGGAACGUCUUCACACUCUUCCUCUGGCUCAUAUAUUCCCCCCGGUGAAGAAAUAUCGAGAAGAUUAGGCGCGAUUAAUUUUAAUGAUCAUCGAGUUAGCGGUAUGAAAAGGAAUUUUGAUGUGGCUGAUUUGGAUAUUGAAGUUAAACGCGAGGACAAUGUUAGACAAAGGACAAUUAGACUUAGUUCAAAUGAUGACGUUAUGGAUGAUGAAUAG